AUGGCGACGUCAACCACCACCACCACCACAACAACAACAACCACGACCUCCAACCCCUCCGCCACGACCAUUCCACUCUCCACCUCAUCAACAACAACAAACAGUGGUGGGAAUGGCAGCAGUAGUGGCGUGAAAGUCCUUGCAACACUCACCAAACGCUCCCUCCUCCCCGCAGCCUGGAACACCCAAGUGCGCACCGUCCAAACCCACGAAUGCCGCGAGGCGGCCCUCAGUCUCGCGCACGCGUUCCAGGCGGAUGACUACGCGAGGUAUCUGGUGGAUAUCGAGAGCAACCCCGCUGUUGAAUCCCCUCUUUCCAACGAUGAUUCCGCCACCACAUCUGGAGGGGUGACAUUCACCUGGGCUGGUUUCGGCGGCGAGGCAAAGGGACGACAGGGCAAGGGUGCGGCGGAAGACAAAUGGAACCUUCAUGUCGAUAUCCUGACUUACACCGUCGCCUCUCACUGCAUCGGCGGGGGGCUUGUGACGACGGUGGGGGAGGAUUUUGAUAGUGUUGCUCUUUGGGUACCACCCAACCCACCCCCCUCCCUCGACAGCUACCUAACCCACUUCCGCUCUGGGCUCUGGCGUCUGCACUUCCAACUCUGCGCUGAAGGCCGUCGCCGUCUCUUUGACGAGAUCCUCCCUCUGCUUCACGACACCAAGCGGGAGGUCUUGGGCCCGGAGAAGGAGAAUGAUGCUUGGUAUUUGGUUUACUUGGGCACUAAACCGAGAUCUCAGGGGAGGGGCUUGGGGGGACGGUUGCUGAGGGAUGGGAUGAUGAGGGCGGAUAGGGAGGGGAGGCAGAUGUACCUUGAGUCGAGCUCGGCGGUGAAUAAUGAGUAUUACAAGAAGUUUGGGUUUGAGAUCAAGAAGGAGAUUUAUUUGAAGAGGGGGAGGUGGCCGGUUAGGUUGACUAUCAUGGUGCGGGAGCCGGGCGCGACGGGGAAGGGGAGGAGGGUUGGCAAGGUUGUUGGUUGA